AUGUCUCAGCGCACUCGUAGGGACCACAACACACUUCAAAUUCCAUGCGGCUACUUACACUGUGCUCACUACUUCAAGACUCAGGGAGGGCGCAAAAAACACUGGAAUGUUUCCCACCCAACAUUCAGACAGGCCGCCGUCUCGCAAGAUGAGCCCGAAUUACUGGUUGACGAUUAUCCUGCAGGUGACAACAACCUUCCUGCAGGUGAUGAUGGGCUUCUGGCGGAUUCUUUUGACCUGGGUCAGGCUUUCAACAAGCCCGACAAUUCGGUUGACGCAGACACGGGAUUUUUCGGGCCAGGUGAUAGAUUAUACCGCAACUAUCACCCCGGAUUGAACGCACGUCCAUGUGAUGCAACAGGACACUUCCUUGAAGAUGGAGUACCUCCAGCGCCACCUCCAGACAAGUCACCUGAUGACUGGACUCCAUACCGGGAUCAUGUCGAGUUCGAGACUGUGGAGUUCCUGUACACACGCAACCAAAUGUCCACCGGGGACAUCAACAUUUUGCUGGAUCUUUGGGCCACAACCCUCCUAAAACACAACGACAAGCCACCGUUUGCAGACUGCCGCGACUUGCAUAGGACUAUCAACAGCACACCACUAGGCAACAUCAAAUGGCAGUCAUUUAAGGUACGGUACACUGGGGAGAAGCCAGCAAAUGCUGUACCACCCUGGAUGGACCAGUCCCAUGAUGUGUGGUACCGCGACCCCCACGAGGUGAUACGGAACAUGCUGGGGAAUCCAGACUACGAAAAGGAGAUGGAUUACCGUCCUUUCCGCGAGUACUCGGCUGACGACGACAAACGACAGUGGCAGGACUUUAUGUCUGGUGACUGGGCCUGGACCCACGCAGAUAUAAUUUGUCAAGAUCCAGACACUCUCGGCUCGACGUUCGUGCCAGUUAUACUCGGAAGCGACAAAACUACAGUAUUGGUAGUGACAGGCGCGAAUGAUUACUACCCAUUGUAUGUAUCGAUUGGCAAUGUUCAGAACAGUGUUCGGGGCGCACAUCGUGAUGCCGUUGCCAUUAUUGGCUUCCUUGACAUGCCAAAAACUACGAAGGAGCACGCCGCUGACGCAAAAUAUCGAAAAUAUCGCCGACAAUUGUUUCAUUUGUCUAUUGCCAAGAUCCUCGAGAACUUGAGACCGGGAAUGACCAAACCAGAGGUCAUUCGCUUUGGUGAUGGCCACUAUCGGCGCGAGCAAGUCCUUUUGGCUUGUAUAGUGCGCAGCUGGUGCCCCAGGUGUAUGUCCAACCGCAACAAUUUAGACGAGAAGUCGUUGUGUCGGUGCCGUGACCACACAGAAGCGCUAAUCGAAGAGGUUGCAACCUCCCUCGCUCUGUGGGACGAAUAUGGGAUUGUCAGCGACCUUGUUCCAUUUACCAAUGACUUUCCUCGUGCUGAUAUCUACGAAUUGAUCGCGCCAGAUCUCCUUCACCAGCUGAUAAAAGGAACCUUCAAGGAUCACUUGGUCGAGUGGGUUGGUAAGUAUUUGACGCACGUACAUGGUAAGAAAGAGGCAGAGAAAAUACAAGAUGAUAUAGACCACAGGCCUUUGCAGGGUCGAGGCUUCAAGCAAUGGACUGGCAAUGAUUCAAAGGCGCUGAUGAAGGUUUAUCUACCCGCCAUCGAAGGUCACUUCCCAACCGAUGUGGUGCGCACCUUUCGUGCAUUUCUCGAAUUCUGCUAUCUCGUAUGGCGUAGCAUCAUUACAGAAUCGACACCACUUCAAAUUCAGGACACUCUCGACCGAUUCCAUCAUUACAGGACUAUCUUCGAGUCCACUGGCGUUAUCUUCACAUUCUCCCUCCCUUGCCAACACUCAUGCUCCCAUUACAUCCUCCUUAUUCGACUGUUUGGUGCGCCGAACGGCCUUUGCUCGUCAAUCACCGAGACGAAGCACAUCAAAGCGGUGAAGGAACCAUGGAGGCGAUCGAGUCACUACAAAGCGCUCGGUCAAAUGCUGGUAACAAACCAGCGGCUAGAUAAGCUUGCAGCAGCACGCGUGGAUUUCAAGAGCCGUGGAAUGUUGAAUGGCACCUGUCUGUCUGCAAUACUUCAGAGAUUAAAGGGCGAAAUUGAUGACAGCCCAACGCUGGUGCAGGCUCACAAUCCUCACCAUUGCACAGAGCGCAAACGUGCACGCACUGUUCCCAAUUUAUCCACAGAACUCGCUAUUCCCCAUCUCUACACCCUCCUCUGCCAAUUCUUAUUCGAACAAGUGAACCCAGAUGACCAGCGUGCUCCCUCCGAUAUCCCACUCACACAAUGUCCUCGAUUUGACGGCAAGAUUCAAUUGUUCAACUCGGCAUCUUCGAUGUUCUAUGCUCCCAGUGACCGCAGCGGGAUUGGAGGCAUGUGUCAGGAACAUAUCCGUGCCUGUCCUGUUUGGAGAAACGAGGCACCCCGGUACGACUGCAUGUUUGUUAACACAGAUGCAGGUGUCGAAGGGAUGAGGGGCAUGGAGAUAGCCUGUGUCAUGUACACCGUGUACCCAUGUGCUGUAGUACACUGGUUCGACAAAACCGGUGAUGGGCCUGACGAGGACACAGGGAUGUGGGUUGUCGAGCCCUUGUUUGAUACUGACAGUUCACCAUUUGUUGGAAUCAUUCACAUUGAUUCGAUCUAUCACGCCGCACACCUCGUCCCAAUUUAUGGAGUGCAGGUCAUUUCGCGUGACCUCAAGCACUAUGAUUCAUACGACGCUUUUCAAGUGUUCUACAUGAACAAAUUUGUGGACCAUCACGCAUUUGAGAUUGCGUCUUAG